GGGAAAUAUUUCGAAGAUAGUGUCAGGAUUACUCUCGUUCAUAUCAUGAUCAUAUUUCAUAUCAUAAUAUAUUCCAAAGAUAUCAUCACAGGAGUAUAGUAGAGAGGGGGGACAUUAAAAAAUGCUCCUAACUGAAAAUUGGUAAUUUAAAGAAUGGGACAAAGAGUUCGCAAUUAGACAGAGAAGACUGGCUAUUUUUGGACAUCAACAGCGUCAUUUUCUUCGCUCUAUAGAAUUUUUACCACAAAGAUAAUUAUUGUAGCACAUACCGACAAGGAAAUGAGCCGCGAUCACUGUACUGAGUCUGUGUGUUUUGAACCCGCCUUCUCUGGGAGGUGCUUAACGUUUAAAACGUUUUGUUUCAAUGAGUAGCGACUCAAAUCGUCACCUCGCUUUAGUGAAGUAACUUCGAAGACUACAGUACUGAAGCUCGCGUGGUAACAACCUUCAAACCUGGUGUUUUCUAAACAAAAUGGCCUUCAGCCCGCGGUAUUUCGUGCUGGCAUUCCUUGUGUUUACGCUUCACACGGAGAUAACAUCGUCCACCAGAGAGGAAGAUUUCGAUUCCAUGAGAGACGAAGCAUUUGAAACUGAAGAAAGUUUUGGAGAUAAGGAACUGGAACCUCGCUCUGAUAAAGAAAACCUGGAGCCUGGCUCUAAAGAAGAGGAUCUGGAGCCUCGCUAUGAAAUAGAAGAGGAGCUGGAGCCUCGCUCUAAAGAACAGGACUUCGAACCUCGCUCUGAAGAAGAAGAAGAGCUGGACCCUCGCUCUGCAGAAGAAGAAGAGCUGGAGCCUCGCUCUGAAGAAGAAGAAGAGCUGGAGCCUCGCUCUGCAGAAGAAGAAGAGCUGGAGCCUCGCUCUGAGGAAGUAGACGAGCUCGAGCCUCGCUCUGAAAAAGAAGAGCAGCAGGAACCUCGCUCUGAAGAAGAAGAGGAGUUAGAGCCUCGCUCUGAAGAAGAGAUGUCUCAACCAAGCACUCUCUACAAAAGAGGACAUCGCCGUAGAAGACGAGCGGGCAAUUCUCGCGUGCGAUCCCGUAGAAAAUCACGCAAACGCAUACGCAUACGUCGACCAAGUCGACGUCGACGUCGUCGUCCCUCUGGUAACCCCUGUUCACCCUCACCUUGUCAUAAUAGAGGAUUAUGCAGAAAGAUCAGAUUGCGUCGAAGAAAAUCCUAUACGUUCAUGUGUCGAUGCAGACGAGGAUAUUAUGGGAAAAAAUGUGAAAAUGCUAUUACGCGCUCCCCGUGCAGCAAACGGCCAUGUUUAAACGGCGGGAUAUGCAAUAGGUGGGGGAGAAGAUGGACUUGCAAGUGCAGACAUGGUUACAGUGGCCCCAGAUGUCAAUAUGGAUCAAGCACGUGUUACGCACGAGGUGACCCACACUAUGUUACAUUUGACAAAAAGAGAUUUAACUUUAUGGGAACAUGUGAAUACGUCUUGACCGAAGAUUGCGCCGGAGGUCCUGCUAAAGAGUUCGUUGUUUUUGUAAAGAAUGUUAGGUGUGGCUUUGGUUUCAUAUCUAGGGUUUCGUGUACGGAGUCUGUAAAGAUACAGCUAGCUGGUGAUAAGAUUGAACUGACCAGAAACGCCAAUUUUGUGUUGAUAAACAGCGUCAAGACCUCCGAUUUCCCUGUGGUGAAGUCAGAUUAUGAAGUAACGAAACCUAGCUCCAGCGAAAUAUACGUGACUUCCAAUAAGGUGGGUCUGAAAUUGACCUGGGAUUGUAGAAAUUCAGUGACAGUGACCCUGAAUAAGCGUCACAAAGGAAAAACAUGUGGACUAUGUGGAAACAACAACGGAAAGCGGACAGACGACAACCCGCUGUCUAAAAUUUCGAAAGGAUGCAAACCGCUCCCCGAACGACCCUGCGUCCCAAACGCCGUCACAAAAUCUCAGAUUGACAAAUGUAAAUUGAUGAGGUCCUCGCCUUUCCGAGCAUGCAAUUCGGCCGUCGAUCCGAGUAAUUUGAUUGCUAAUUGUGAAUAUGACGUAUGCAGAUGUGAGAACCCGAUCGAUUGCGUGUGUUCGUCUUUCGCCAGCUACUCCAAGCAGUGUGCUGAUAAUGGCAAGAUUGUUAAUUGGAGAUUUGCAGGAUCCUUCUUGUAUCCAUCUUUGAAAGCUUGUGCGAAAAAGUGUGAAAACUCUGGCGAGAUUUUCAAGGAAUGCGGCUCGGCGUGCGAAAGAACGUGUCGUGAUCUAGCACGUGAUGUUCAGUGCAGUGAGGAGUGCAUACCCGGAUGUCAGUGCCCGGAUGGCCAACUUCUGAACGAUGAAAAGCGAUGCAUUCCGAUUGCUCAAUGUCCGUGCCAGUACGAAGGGCAGGAAAUCAAAGCGGGAGAUGCGGUUGAAGUCGGGAAAUGUGAAACUUGCACUUGUACAUCUGGGGUGAUGGCUUGCGUUGAUGAUAGAGAUUGUAAUGAGAAAGGACCAUGUGAAUCUUUCCCCUGCAAAAAUAAUGGAAAAUGCACGGAGAACGGAGCAUUGUUCAAAUGCGAAUGUGUUGGAGAUUUCCAAGGGGAGACAUGUGAUGAGCCGAAACCGCAGCCAUGCGAUUCGUCGCCGUGCAAAAAUAAUGGGAUUUGUAGCAACGAAGGAGCCUCAUUCUCCUGUCAGUGCAGAAAUAAUUUCAUUGGCAGGACAUGUGAGAAAAAACCACCAAAUCCUUGUAUUCCCAAUCCUUGCCUUAACCGGGGCGUUUGUCGUGUGAUCGGAAAUGGAUAUUCCUGUAAAUGUCCUGUGCUCUUUGGCGGCACAAAUUGCGAGGAUGAGCAGUCAUCAUGUAGAGCUGUUGGUGACCCACAUUACACAACGUUUGACAACAAAAGAAUCGAUUUCCAAGGAAAAUGUGAAUACAUCUUUGCCGAAGAUUGUGGUCCAGGGAAGUUCUUUAGAGUGUGGACGAAGAACUUGGCUUGCGGGCGCUCGGCUGCAUGCGUUUCAUUUGUGAGAAUUCAGAUCGAUGGUGUCGAGAUAAAGUUGACGCGGGAACUGGGAACGGCCAUCGUGAACGGGGCAAAGAUCAAGAAUUUCCCUCUGAAACGAAAAGGUUUUGUUAUUACAAGCCCAAGCGUGCGGUGGCUCCACGUGACCACUGAUAUUGGAGUUACAGUGCGUUGGGACUGUCGUCACAGCGUGACAGUGGUCAUCCCCAGCAAGUACAGAGGGCAAACGUGCGGACUUUGUGGCAACAACAAUGGAAAUCCAGCGGAUGAUACCAUCAACGCGAAAGACUAUCCGUGUGUACCCCCUGUGGGUAGUUGUGUGGCCGCGAACAGCGACGCUGCAAAGAUCGUGGCGAAGUGCGAGCUGAUGAAAAAACCACCAUUUUCCACGUGUAAUGCGAAGGUGAAUCCAAAUGAUUUCAUAGCUGACUGCAAAUUCGACGCCUGCAGAUGCAAGGACCCGAUGCUAUGUGUGUGCGAUUCGUUUGCAGCGUACAGUCAGAUCUGCAGCAGAAAUUCUAUCGUGCUUGACUGGAGGUUUGUUGGAAAUACCGUGGCUUCUCUGCCGCUUCCUCAAUGUGUUCAGCAGUGUAAAAUUCCUGGUCAAAUUUUCACUGAGUGCGGUUCGUCAUGCGCGCAAAGUUGUCGCGACUUGUCACGUGUUACGAAAUGCAACGAGCAAUGUGUUCCCGGAUGUCAAUGUCCUCCUGGGUCGGUUCUAAGCGAUCAUGGUAAAUGUAUUUCAAUUUCUGAGUGUUCAUGUGAAUUUGAGGGGAAAACACUCCAACCAGGCGAGAGUACAGAAGUUGGAAAUUGCAAAACUUGCACGUGUGAUAUGGGAGCAGUAAAGUGUGUGAAGGACCGAAGUUGUUCAAACGAAGGUCCGUGUGACUCGUUUCCAUGUCAGAAUGAUGGGAUAUGUUCCGUGAAAGGAAAUUCAUUUUCAUGCAAUUGCCCAAGCGAAUACCAAGGAGCUACGUGCGAAGAGCGAAAGCCAACACCAUGUGAUUCACAGCCAUGUCAAAACGACGGUGUUUGUACCGUCAAGGAUGGCUCGUUCACGUGUGAGUGUCCCGAUGGGUUCAUUGGAACGACUUGUGCAGAUGCAGAAUGCAUGGACACUAAACUGGACAUACUCUAUAUAGUCGACGGUUCAGGCAGUGUUAGAGAAACUAACUUUGAAAAGAUCAAAGCAGGACUAAAAAAGAUGAACAAAAAAUUUGCUAUCGGGCCUGACAAGGUACGAAUAGCCCUUAUGCAGUUUGGGAGAGCAACUGAAACAAAAAUUGAAUUCAAUUUUGACGAGAAAACCUCUUUGGCCGCGGUUAAUGAAGGUGUUGAUGAUAUGAAAUGGCUUGCAUCGUUGAAAACCGCAACUGGUGAUGCAUUGAAGAGAGCCAGGGAAGGGAUCUUCAACGGCAAAAACGGGGACCGGAGCGAUGCUCCUGAUGUUUUGAUAUUGUUUACGGACGGGAUAGCGACAGAUACGGCUUCGGUUGAUCAGUUUGAGGAGGCAAAGAAGUUAAAGGACGCUGGUGUAAAAAUUAUCACCGUCGCUAUGGGAGGCCAGGAUUUUAUUGACAAAUAUCGGGAAAACCUUCAAAGGUUGGCAAGUGUGGAUGAGAGUACUGACCAAGUACUGCAGUUUGAAGCUGAUUUUGAAAAUUUGAAUAAAAUCACAAGUAAACUUGUCCAAGGCGCCUGCUAGAAGCUGUGUUAUAUACCAAACUCACCCACAGCAUAGUAAAAAUGUGCCAUAAUAUCAGCGUUCAUUUUGUUACCUCUGAAUGGAGAACAUCCUUACAAUUAAUACACUUAAUACUUAUUGCACUGUUGGAAGUCCGGGUUAACGGACCGAAAGACCUGCAUAAUUAUAAUUAACAAAUACAUGCACGUAGUGUUUUCUACAAAUUGAUUAUUUAAGUUAAUCGUUACAUUUUUUCUGAAUAAAUGCAGUAUCUAUAGUU